AUGUCAGAAGCCGGGGCACAUCCCACAAGAUUGUCCCGAAUUGCAUGGCAAGGCCAUUUCGAGUUACGCAAAUGGACCUCGAACAACGAGGAGGUACGGUGCCACAUGACCGACGAAGCCCCACCUACAAGUGUGACGCUGUCCGAUGGAACGGAAAUAGAACGAGUACUUGGCCUGGUGUGGAGACCUGCUGAAGACGUCCUCGCCUUCAAUCUGGACAUGGCGCGAAUCCCAAAGGAAGUCUUGGAGAGCAGCGGGCCUACGAAGAGACAGGCUCUGCGAAUAAUGAUGUCCGUCUACGAUCCCCAAGGCAUCGCAUCACCAGUCACUGUCGGAGCGAAGAAGAUCCUACAAGAAACGUGGCGCCGAGGGACGGCGUGGGACUCCCCCCUCGAUGAAGACCUCUGCGCGAUAUGGAGAGAGUGGAUCGACCACUUAAGACGCCUGCGCGAUGUCUCAGUGCCGCGCUGCUAUCCCGGCUACUCAGACGCCGCCAACCUCCAGCUCCACACAUACGUAGACGCCAGUGAGUCUGCCUACGCCGCCGCGUUAUACUGGCGCGCCGAAAUGCCCGACGGGGAGAUCAGGACCUCCCUCGUACUCGCCAAAGCCCGAGUCGCGCCCCUGAAACUCACCUCGAUACCGCGCCUCGAGCUACAAGCCGCCGUCAUGGGCAGCCGCAUGGCCGCGGCUGUCACAGAAGAACACGAUAGAAAACCAGACGCGAGAGUGUUCUGGACUUACAGCGCCACCGUACUGACCUGGCUACGAACGGGGUCGAGGUCGUAUAGACCGUUCGUCGCUCACCGCAUUGCAGCGAUAGAAGAGAACAGCACUGUGGAGGAAUGGCGCUGGGUCCCCACAAAGGAAAAUGUCGCCGACGACGCCACAAGAGAAAUACCCGUCGGCUUUGAAGGAAACCACCGCUGGGCAGAAGAGACGGGCGAAGAGAAGUGCGCGACGCUCGCCGUGAGCAGAGAGAGCCUCGGCGAAGCGAUCCCGGGCCCGAGACGCUUUUCGAAAUGGGAAAAGUACCUGCGUGCAACGGGGCGAAUACUGCAAUUCGUCGACCUAUGCCGCAGAAGUCGCGAGCGCACUUAUUACAAGAGGACCAGACGGAACCCGCGCUCGGACCCGACGUGGGAGAGAAAUAGAAAGAAGACGACUUCGAAGACCCCGCUGAACACACCGCGGACCCCAGAGCAAGCAGUCAUUCAAUGGAAGACUUUAGACGCCGACACACUGCGACGAGCCGAGACGCUCAUUUGGCAACAGAGCCAGCGGGCGGCCUUCGAGGAAGAGAUUUUGGCGCUCCAACGAGGGAAACAAGACACUCCACCGCGUCCAGCCACAGGCGAUCACCCACCGAGCAGACUGGCACACCAUCGGCGACCAUUCACAUACGUGGGCCUCGAUUACUUCGGGCCCUAUCAAGUUACCACCGGCAGAAGCACCCAGAAGCACUAUGUGGCCAUCUUCACAUGUCUCACUAUGCGUGCGGUACAUUUAGAACCGGCAGCGAGCCUCAGCACGGACUCAGCGGUGAUGGCACUCCGGCGCAUGAUCGCGCGCCGGGGAGCUCCGACGGAAAUAUGGAGCGACAACGGCACCAAUUUACGAGGUGCCGACAAGGAGCUGCGCCAAGCUUUGGACAAGGCGACCAAGCAUGAAGCAAGCUUAAGGCUUAUACAAUGGCGCUUCAUCCCACCGGGCGCGCCUUUCAUGGGCGGCGCCUGGGAAAGAAUGGUACGGGCAGUAAAGGCCGCGCUCUCGGCCACGGAGCAGCCGAGGCACCCGACGCCCGAAAUAUUUCACACUCUGUUGGCAGAGGCAGAGUUCACAGUGAACAGCCGACCUCUCACCCACGUAUCGGUGAGCGCCGACGACCCCGACCCUCUGACACCGAACCACUUCCUGCUGGGAGGCCCAGCGCGAGUCCCCGUGCCGGGCAAGUUUGACGACGCCGACCUCAUAGGGCGCGCACACUGGCGCGCAGCUCAACGUCUGGCAGAUGUGUUCUGGAGUCGCUGGCUCCGGGAGAGGUUUACCCGGGGGCCGACGGCAUCACUCGAGUGGUCGACGUGCGCACCGCCGGCGGUAUCCUGCGACGCCCGGCGAAGAAGAUUAUCGUGCUGCCCACGAUGA